AUGGCUGCGGCAGGCGCGGAUGAGACUGGCUCGACGCGCGUGGUGGCAUUCGGCAGCAACCUCUUCGGCCAGCUCCGCCCCGAUUCGCUCGAGGAGACCAAGGCCGCCUUUGCCGGCGCCACGAUCUCGAUCGAGGAUGCGGCAUCCGUCGUAGCGGUAUGUACCUCUCAGACCGUGUAUCGGACGCACAUGGGAGGGAUCCACGUCCUAGGGGACGGUGCGCAACUGCUCCAAGACCUGCUGCGCGCUCUAGUGAAUCCGGACGCUGCGGUGUUUGUCGGCCAGGACGUCUUCGAAGUGGUGCUCGAGCACACCACUGGCGCGUGUCACUUUCUCGACUACGAAGCGCAAGAAGUGCGGACAACCACUUGUGCUGCUCCGGUGUGGAAGACGGCGGCCGCCGAUGGCAGAGGUCGGUGCAUGGCGCUGGACGUGGAUGGCUGCGCACACCUUUUCUCCUCCAUCGCGGCACUCCGCCAUGCAACCGAGGCUUCACGGGAAGCAAUCGUGCUUCGCCGAUCUUCCCGCUUCGUAGCGUACACGUACAACCAAGGCAAACCAGCGCUGGCGGAUUUGGGCUUGCCGAGGUUCGUGGCAGUCGCGGCGGGGAAUGCGCACUUUGUGCUUCUGGCCGACCAGGCUGUCCGCACCGAGGCGCCAGUCUGGGUGUAUGGCGAUGCGCGGUUUGGCGCUGUCCCAAUGCACUUCGAUACCGACACCGCUCUAGUAGGGGCGAUUCCCGCGCAGCUCGACAUCCCACCUUCCGCCGCCGUCACUAACGGGCGGUUAUUGCAGGCCCUGCCGACGUUUUCGCGCGCCGAGGGGUUUCUCUGUCGAAUCGGCGUCGUUGCGGCAGGAGGUCGACAUUCGCUCGUUCUGAGUGAACACGGCGAUGUAUAUGGCUGGGGCUGGAACGAGCAUGCGAACCUCAUGCCCGUGGCGCCGUGCUCGUCGACCGAAGUGCCGGCAUGGCACCACAACAUGCUCGCCGAUCCAACGCCGCUCGAUAUGCCCGAUCUCAAUGGCCACGAUGUCUGCAUCGCGAGCGUUGCCGCCGCCGAGGGACGCACCCUUGCCGUCAGCACCGAUGGCGCACUGCUCGUGGCGGGUUGCAACCAAGACGGCGCGCUCGGCCUUGACCGCGCGGGGCUGGGCGGAGUGCCGCGCAAGCCUCGCUUCGAGCGCAGCUUCAGCCAGAUCAAGCCGCCGUUCGAGUGCGUCAACGGCGUGCAUCCGCACCCUGGCUGGACGCGGCGAAAGGUGGUCAGUUUACACGCUACAGCACUUGCGACGUUUGUAACGAUCGAUAGCAGCAUGGAUGAGGCGCGGAAAUAG